AUGACUGAUUUAGUUUCCGAGAAUGAUAUAUCUUUGAUUCCGUAUCAGUACACGCUUGGUCACCGAUACUACUAUGCAGUUAACUAUCGAUAUGACUACACACUCACUAGUAUUCCUGGAACAAAAAAAUUAUACACUAAUAACAGUACAUCCGCCAUUAACAUUUCAAACACUUCCUCAACCUCAAACGACUCAACAUUUGAACUUGCACUUGAAAUCUCUCGUUCAUUGCGAAUAUUAACUCCAGGCUACUACGAAGUGCAAGAAGAUCGAUACACCGCUGAUGGUAGUUCUUACAGGGUAGUAACAGCAAUUGCAUCUUAUACUUCGUGGUUUUACAUUGCUUGGGGCCCACCAAUUACCAUAAAAUUUUCAGUCACCGAUCGACUUAAUCCUUUGGAUCCUCAAAACUUGACACAUUGUGAAUAUCAGUUUACGUGGACUUGGAUUUUGAACGGAUAUGUGAAUAGAAAGUGUCCAGGAGAAAGUGACCUAACAGAAGUCGCCUAUGUGUCUGGAUCAAGCCUUUUUGGCUUCUACUUUUGGAAUCCGAAUGAGACUCAUGUUUAUGCUAACUCGACCAUACCAAACCUGAAUCCAUUUGGACUUUACGAGAGAAAUGUAUACAUAGAGUCCAGUGCACCGUUUCCACCAAUCAUACCCGCUCUCUAUACUGCUUAUUAUGAGUUUCUAAGCAACGGAAGAAAAUCAAAAUAG